CUUUAAAUCUCUCCGCUCCUCCCUCCUCAGUGACAAGCCCGCAGAGCCUCUUUAACGCAUCCAGUGGAAAUGACAAAUCAGAGGCGCUGCAUGGGCCAGCAUGUCAAAUAAUAACAAUAACCAUGAGCUUUAGCAACAGCACCUCAUCCGGCACAGUCAUCCUCAGACACUAACGAGGCUUCUUUGGGCCGUUUUGUUUGUCUGCGGACGCCUCAAAGUUGGAGCGGACUCGACAAAUGGACGUCGAUGGACUGGAAUGAAAGCUCCACUUCUUCUAUCGGACUGAAGGAAGGAGGGAAAGAAACCUCUGCAUGUUCAAGUUUCCUGCUCCAACCAGAGGGGCAUCGGUGCACGCGUGUUGGAUGUGUGUGGAAGUGUGUGUUGGGUGCGUGUGUGUGCGCGCCCGCAGGAACAGCAGCAGGAGCAGCGGCGGCGGUGGCGGUGGUGGUGGUGGCGGCCGCGGGAAGGGAAGUUUAGCGCCGUGAUUUUCUUCUUUUCCUCUAUUCUGUUCAGUGUUUUUUUUUCAUGUCGCAGCAGGGGACAGGCGGAUUAACGUUUCCCUGAUGAAAAUUAAUCAUCUGUGGAGAGGCUCUGUGAUCGUGACUAUGAUGAUGAUGUCGAGUAAGAGCGUGGAGUGGCUGCAGGAUGAGCUGGAGUCCGGGGCCAGCUCUCUGCUGCUGCUGGACUGCAGACCCCAUGAGCUGUACGAGUCCUCGCACAUCGAGUCGGCCAUCAACCUGGCCAUCCCGGGCCUCAUGCUCCGGAGGCUGAAGAAGGGCAACCUCCCCAUCCGCUCCAUCAUUCCCAACAACGAGGACAAGGAGAAAUUUGUCAAGCGGUGUAAGACGGACGUGGUGGUUCUGUACGACGAGGCGACCUCGGAGCGGCAGGAGUCCGGACUGGGGAGCUCCGUGUUGGGGCUGCUCCUGCAGAAGCUGCGGGACGACGGGUGCAAGGCUUUCUAUCUUGAGGGGGGCUUCAACAAGUUCCAGUCAGAGUACCCAGAGCACUGUGAGACCAAUUUGGACUGCUCCUGUCCCAGCAGCUCGCCACCAGCCUCUGUCCUUGGUCUCGGAGGACUCCGCAUCAGCUCAGACUGCUCUGACGGGGAAUCUGACCGCGAGCCGGGCAGCGCCACAGAGUCGGAGGGCAGCCCCCUCCCCAACAACCAGCCAGCGUUCCCUGUCCAGAUCCUGCCAUACCUUUACCUGGGCUGUGCCAAAGACUCCACCAACCUGGAUGUGCUCAGCAAGUAUAAUAUCAAGUACAUCCUCAACGUGACGCCCAACCUGCCCAACAUGUUCGAACACGAAGGCGACUUCAAGUACAAACAGAUCCCAAUCUCCGAUCACUGGAGCCAGAACCUCUCGCAGUUUUUCCCCGAGGCGAUUUCAUUCAUUGACGAAGCACGCUCAAAAAAGUGCGGCAUCCUGGUCCACUGCCUGGCCGGGAUCAGCCGCUCGGUGACCGUCACGGUGGCCUACCUGAUGCAGAAGCUCAACCUGUCGCUCAACGACGCCUACGACUUUGUGAAGCGGAAAAAGUCAAACAUUUCCCCCAACUUCAACUUCAUGGGCCAGCUCCUGGAUUUUGAGCGGACGCUGGGCCUCAACAGCCCCUGCGACAACCACUCGACCUCCCCGACGCACGACCAGCUCUUCUUCACCACCCCGACCAAUCACAAUGUGUUUCAACUGGACACGCUGGAGUCCACAUGAAAAUCAGAGGGGGGACUGUCCCCUUUUUUUGUGGCGCGGGGUAAAGAUGAUGUUGUUACAAUGGUAACAAGCGGCUGCACUGGAGGAGAGCAGCCAGUUUUAAUGAAUGUUUUAGCCUCCUGAGGCGCGUUGUCUGAGAGCCUGGCCACGGAGCAGCGUUGAAGGGACAGGGGAGGUCACAGAUGCCACGUUAUAGGGGAGGGGGAGUUUUUUUAACCCACAGCGGGGAACUGACAGAUGGGUUUACGACGGUGUCCUCCUCAGAGUUGACUGAAUUUAGGGGAAGAGCUCCGAUCAACCUCUCUUGCAACCAAGAGGAGAAGAGGAAACUUAACUGACUGAGAAACUGAGCGAAGGUCGCAGCAGGACAGACAGCUUCAUACAAAGAUAGGAACACGGAAAAAAUCUACAGCGCUCGAUUUGUGAGACGACAGCAUCCUCUCUGUCUUUCUGUCUCGGCUGUCGAGCUGAGCUGACUGGUGCCAAGUGGAGAAUCUGGGUUUUACUCGUAGGAAAUCUCGCUCUACUGAAUGUAGAGUUUUUAAAAACCAAGGAAUUAACAUACACACAUGCGCACACACACAUAAACAAAGUAUGUAUGUUUGUACUGUAUGUACUGUAUGUAUGUUAACAUACAUAGCAGAAAAUGUAUGGCAAAUUCAGUAUGUCUAUAUGCAUUUUUGUAUAUUUUUGUGUACAUUUACGCACAAAUCUAUACCUUAUAUAAAUAUAUAUACGCAUAGAAAUCUUAUCUUUGUCCAAAAACAAAGUAAUCCAAUCCAAUACUGGCUUAAGAGAUUGUAAAACUAAAGAAGGGGAAUGGGUGUGGCGACACCAACAAAGGAAAGUUGUUGAUGAUAUUCCUAGUUGUCUUCUUUUUCUUUUUUUUUUUUGUUGUCGUUUUUUUUUAGUUUUGUUUUUCUUUUAGGUUUGUAAUGACCUAAUGCAGUUUGCACAGUGGUGUAGCCAUUGACUUGCUGGCACUUGGAGCCAGUGCUGGAAGCAGGCAGAUAAAGAGACAUUCAGAGAAGAGGAGGAGAAAGAGGAGAGGCCAGUCCCAGGCUGCGACAAGUCCCAACAGCUGCACCGCGCAGUGGGGAGGGAGCAGGAACUGGGCCCUGUGCAAAGGACGAGGUUCAGGGUUCAGGGUUGGGUUAGAGUCUAAGACAGACAGUGGUAAGACCAGGCACAGGGCUAGGAGUUGUCAGUUGAAAUGUGGUUGUUGAUGGGUGAAGAUACUACAGUAGAUUUGACGUUGGUCAGCUGUUUUCAGACGUAAGUUCCCAGUUCCUGCUUCCUUCCCCUUAUGACUGUUCAUCCAGUUGCCUAAGAUUUUAUGACUAUUUUAGUCAUCCGUUUCAUUUCAGUUAAACUCUUUGCUUCCUGGAUUAUUUCGUCACAACGUUUUGUCUUACUAGUCUGCUUUGCCAAACUGGUUUCUAACAGCUCUGACUUUUGUACUUUGAGGCAGAGACUUGAAUGAGAGGUCAGUGUUGGCGUUGGAGAUACAAAGGUAGUGCUAACAUUUCUGAGCAACUUUUUUGGGCACCAUAUCUUAGCAACCUCGAGCAAAGAAGUGCCUCAGCACUCUUUUAUUAACUACAUUGCAAACUUCUUUUUUUGCCCGAAAGGAACUUGUUGGAUUUGUUGGCCUAUCAUAUGUUCCUUUUAGGACCCAGAUAGAUGCCAAAAAGGGGAUUCUAGGACAAGGGACUGUGAUUGUAACUUGGUCUCUGUGUUGGGAUUCUGGUGUUGUGGACUGGGACUGGCCUCAACUACAGACUGCACUUAGCUACUUAAUAGCAUCAUGUCCCUUAACUGCAUUGGAGAAAAUGGAAAGGAAGGUCGUUCUGCGAAGGGAUCACCCAUUUCAUCAAAGAAAAUUUUGUUUGAUUCACCCUUAAGCCUUGGGUAUAUUAUAUGAAAGAUAUAUUAAACACAAAUUGGUAUAUACAUAUGUAUAUACAUAUAUAUAUAUAUAUAUAUAUAUAUAUAUAUAUAUACAUAUGUAUAUAUGUAUGUAUAUAUAUUAUAGAGCUAAUAGUAAACAGAUCCAUAUUAUUUUGUAUACCUGAGCAUGCUGUGGUACUGUAUGCUCUCUAACAGUAGAAGUAACCACGGGUUGGAUGUUGCUUUACCAGGUUGGAAGAGGAAUGAUGAGGAUUGUUUUUUUAACUGCUGUUGCUGCUGAACACGGCGGCACUCAGCAUGUGGUCAGGGAGUUUUCUGAGACCCUGUCCACAUUAGUAGCACUUAAACAAUGAGUUAAAUAUGAAUUUGAAAAGUCUGGGAGAAAAACAAAUGACAGAAUCCUGCAGCGAUUGGAAGAAGAAGAAAAAAAUCCAGAAACAUUCAAUUUAAAAUUCAAAACAUUGAAACCCCGCCCCCUCUGCUGCAAUAAUUGUAGUUUUAACGUAGGCUUCCUGUUAGGGGUGAGACGACACUGCAGCACGUGGACGCCAGCAAUAUCUGUAGGUACACUGGGGCUCAUGCAAGAGUGCAAGUUUGUCUGUACAAGUGCUUAGAGUUGGAUUUAGAAAAGCUCUCCUAAAUGCACAAACAGUUUGUCAACCUGGUGAAUGUCACAUGUUCACGAGUAGGUACACUUUCAGAGGUUGUGAUCAUUAGCAUAAUUAACACAAAAAUUACCAUAUAAGGAUACUUAUCCCGCUCCAUUUGCAGGCAAGCUUCAUUCACAAAAAUGUCACUAUGAUAAAAAAAAAGCAGAAGUUCACACUGAGGACCUUUCUGUCAGAAAUCAGCAGACCAAAACAUAGUAGCGCAAAGGGGACCCAAAAAAUAGAGAGAAGUAGGCUAUUACUACGAUUGUCUUCACUGUCAUUGCAGAUAUGAUAUGAAGUUACAUGCCAAAAAACAUCUUGCCAAAACAAAGUGGUUCCUGACUUUUAAAAGUGAGGCAGUGGAUAUAGAGAAUAUCAUUGGAGAGAAUAAUGUUAGGCUACAGGUAAUAUUCACUGACCGGUGAAACUGGAUGUUUGGCUUGAAAGUGAGCAGCAUAAAGACGCUGAGGCAGCUGUUAGAGUGCGAAUUCGUCAACCCAAAAAUGCUCAUGCCCGUAAAAGGUAAAAAAAAAACGAAAAAAAAAACUUGUAAAGUCGUGAACAUAUUCAAACCUUAAACUCAAAGAAUUGUAAGUCAAAGAAGCGUUCUGUUUGAGAAGAGCGGCAGAUGUUUCAAUCAACUACAAGUGCUUCUAAAUCCAACUUCUCUUAAAUUACUAAAGCGUGACAAUAACGGAUCUGUUUGUAAGCGUGGUUUUUGCAUGAGGCCCGUUGUUUUAUUGCCAACUACAGAAAUUUUGUUUCAAAGCAGAAAUGUGGACGGGGUCAAAACAGAAACAAAGAACAGGUUUUCAGAGGGGACAGCAGUUGAAUCUGAACAGGGUUGGUUUUAGCUGGCCUUACAUAAUCUUUCUAACUUGUUUCUAAUGCUGACUGUUCAAUACUCUUUGUAUCUCACUUUAGAAAAAACAUUGUGUAAAAAAAAAAAAAAAAUGAAACGUUUGUUAUCUGUUAUUUGAAUCAGAACAUGGUAAUAAUAGAUGGCAAGCUGUCUUUUAACCGUGACGGGUCACACGAGGUCCUCUUUGUUACUCUGCAAUAUAUCAAAACACCUUUUUUUGCAGUAUUUUGUAGAUCCAAGACCUCAAAAUUUUUAAAUUCUUCUUCUUUUGUACUAUAUCUAUUCUAUAUGAUUAUACAAGAUCCAGCUCAAUUAUGGCUUGUGGACUGAAGUAACAUUUUACCUGGGGUGUCCAAAAUGUAGGGCCAGUGUGCCCAUUACCAACAUAAAAGAGGCCCUCAUUGACACACAUACACACACACACACACACACACACACGCACACGCACGCACACACGCACGCACACACACACUGCUUGACACAGCCAGAGCUGUGGUUCAGCAUGCCAGUUAAGUUUCACAAUAGACAGUUACACCACCCAGCUUAAAUAAUUACAAGGUCUUUUUCUGUCUUGUUUUGAUAUAAUGUGCUCUAUGCUAUUCCUGUGGCCUUUCAAUAUGAAUAUAUAUCUAAGUAUAUAUAUGUUAUGAAUUUAUAUGCAAAAGUUCCUCUCCUAUUAUAGCAUCAGAGAUGAAAAUAAUACUACCAUGCUUGAAUGGACUUCCCUUGAGAGUCGUAUCCCACCUACAAUAAGAAAAACGUUGAGGACUUGAUCACUUGCACCCUAGGAUUGAAAUAUAUUUCAGUACGGAGCUUUUCUAUUUAAAAAGAAUAUGGUUGAGUUCAAGCUGCUUUCUUGUGUUUUUGUGUCUUUGUAACAAUGAAAGAGAAAUCAAGUCUUUUUCUCUGUUUGUAAAUUUGCCAGAUCACGGGAACGGCAGUUUCUGUGUCCUUAAACUUGUAGCUACAUCUUGGUAAGAAUGUGCUCGGGAGGGUAAGACAUGACUGAGCAAGAGGAGAGGAGAGGAGAGGAGAGAUGGUGGCGGCGUAAAAUACAAAGUGAAAGAAAAAGUGAAUGAUUUCAAAAUGUUACCUCAAUGAGGAAUUUUUCAGGGAUUUUUUUGACAAUGCAUCUUGCAUCGUGUUACAGCUUCAAACACACGUUGAAUAGCUGUUUUGUAUUGUGCUGUAAACAGUUUUUAAAAAAGAUGCAAUCUGUCUGUGUAUUAAAACAAGGGGCAUGUUAACCGAGGCAGUUUCACCUUUCUGUCCUCUGAAGGAUAUACGAUUGACCCUAUGUAUUGUACAGUAUAUGGAAACAACACAAGACAUGUUUAUACCGCAAAUAAAUAUUGAAAUAUUUUUUUCUUUAA